AUGGGUGAGCCCGAUGUCAAGCGCCUCAAGACCGACGAUGAGCCCGAGUAUGAAUUGAUCUACUGGCCCGGCCUCCCCGGCCGCGGCGAGUUCGUGCGGCUGCUGUUUGAAGAGGCCGGCGUGCCGUACACGGACCACGCCCAGGUGCCGGACCAAGCCGUCGCCCAGGUCCUCGCCCUCACCGACGCCAAGAACACCGGCGACGCCAGCAACCCGCCCAUCUUUGCGGUGCCGGCCCUCCGGCACGGCGCCGUCCUGCUCAACCAGACACCCAACAUCCUCCUCUACCUCGCGCCCAAGCUCGGGCUGUCGCCGCCGCCGACCGAGACGGCCUUUUACCACCUGCACCAGGCCAGCCUCACCAUCCUCGACGGCUUCUGCAACGAGGUCCACGAGACGCACCACCCCAUCGCCGUCUCGCUCUUCUACGAGGACCAAAAGGCGGAGGCCAAGCGGCGCUCCAAGGCCUUUAUCGAGGAGCGCGCGCCCAAGUACCUCGCCUACGUGCAGCGGCUGCUCGACGCCAAGACGAGCGGCGAGGGGCCGUGGAUCCACGGCAACAGCCUGACCUAUGUCGACCUUGUUCUCUUCCAGGAAACAAAGUGCAUCGACGGCACGUUGUUCGCAUUCCCCAAGACGAUGGCGCAGCUCAAGAGCUCAGGCAAGUAUGAUGGCGUCUUUGCGCUCUACGAUGCCGUCAAGGAGCGGCCAAAGAUCAAAGCCUACUUGGCGAGCGAGCGACAUCAAAAGUAUGCCGACGGCAUCUGGCGCCACUAUCCGGAACUAGAAGCGACGAUGGAGGCUGAGGUGACAGUGAAGGAGUAG